UAAUUGUUUCAAUAAUUAUUCAUACAGUUUAGAAUAAAUAAAAUAAUUAAAAUUGUGUAUGUGAUAGGUAAUAAGUAUUGUUUAUAUAAACAUUUCAUGUCGAGGAGGUUAGGAACCGGCAAGUUGUUUUUAAAAAUUACAUAAUUAAAUAGUAAAAAUAAAUAAUGGAUCGGCAAAGUAUCGGUGGAGGUUUUAUUGGACGUGGAAUAACAUCACCACGUAAAAGAAUGUCAAUGGCCCAAUCAUUAAAACGACAAAGCAGUGUACCAAGUAUAUCAGGUCGUUCAAAUCAGUCAGUUCAAAUAAUCUGUAGAUCAGCAAAUCAUAUUGUCGAGAGUUUUGGUUCAUCAUUGCCAGUUCUUGUAAAAGAAGCUCUAACAUUUAUUGAUCCAAAUACAUCAGUUAGUGUUAGUUUAUCUGAAACUGGUUGGGCAUGGCUUGUAUGUGGUCGUCGUCUUUUAGUAUGGCAAUGUAAAACAACAAUACAUGAUCCAAAACAACGUCCAUCAUUUAAAAGUCAAUGUCGUGAAUUAAUAUUACCACAAAGUGAUCUUGCACAUAAAGCUGAUUGUAUUGCUGUAUGGUUACCACAAGGUCAUCAAGUACCAUGUUGUAUGGCAGUAUCACCAGAAGGUAUUGUACGUUAUUGGGCAAGUGUUGCACAAGAAGAAACAUCUGUUGAAACAUCAGCUGAAUUAGCUGGACAAGAAGUUGAUUGUUUAACACAUGUACCUGGUCAUGGUUGUAUAUUAGCAACAACAACAUGUACUGUUGCAUUAUUACAACCACAAUUUAAUAAUGGUAGAAAUAUUAUUAAUUGUCGUGUACUACGUAGUCAAGGUUGGUUAAGUGAUAUUGGACGUCGUAUGUCAUCAAUAUUUCGUGCAAUACCACAAUCACAACCAGUUGAAACAAAAUUAGCUAAAGUAAUAUGUACAACAAUUAAUAAUAAAGAUAGUCGUGUAUUAAUACUUGCUGGUUCAUCAUUACAAUAUUGGUCAUUUCCAAAUGGUGAUAUUGAAAAAAUGGAAUUUGAUAAAGAUAUUGGAACAAUAAUAUCACAAGCAUUUCAAAGAAGAAUAUUUGAAUCACCAGUUAUUAAUCAACAAAAUUUAGAAACAUGGCCAAUUGAUAUGCAAGUAUGUGAUGAAGGUAUAAUAUUACUUGUUGCUGCACAUAUUACUGAUAUAUCACGUAAAAUAUCAUUUGCUAUUGGUUUAUUGUCACUUGAUGGUACAACAUUAUCAAAUACAUUUACAUGGUUUACACAAGUUAAAAUUGAUUAUUUUACAUAUCAAAAUGAUAAUGUUUAUGAUUUAUCAGAAUUUCGUUUUAUAUAUUGUGGUUGGGAAGCAAUAAUAUAUGAUUCAUCAACAUUACUUGUUGUUAAUACAACAAAUGAAUAUGAACAAGAUCAAAUUAAUUUAAUACGUGGUAAUGAAGAUGCAAUACUUGGUGGUUCAUUAUGUUCUGGUACACCAGUAUUAUUUACAAAAAAUUUAGGACUUGUUACAAUAACACAAAGUGAUUUUACAUCACAUGAUUUUAAUAAUAGUAUUGCUGAUGUUAAUAAUAGUUUGUGUGAUUAUAAUAAUACAAAUGAUAAUAAUUAUAAUUAUACAACAACAACAAUAACAAAUGAUAAAUUAAAAGAAAUGUAUUUUAGUAAUGAAGGUAUUGAACAAUUAACAGCAGCAUUUGUUUAUUCAUUAAAACAAAAAAGAUCAGAAUGUGAACAAAUAUUAAAUGAAUUAUUUCCAUAUCAAGAAGAGCCAAUAAUGGAUAUUGAUGCAAAUUUAGAUACACUUGUAUUGAAGGUUGGUAGAAAAUUAAUUGAUGAUUGUCCAGCAAAUGAUCCAAGAUGGGCAAAUCAUAUGGAUACAUCAAUGACAAUGACAACAGUUAAUUCAGUACAAAUACAACAUCAACUUGAGGGAAAAUUAAAAUCACUUGAUCAUUAUGUUACAUUUUUAAAAGAAUAUAAUUUAUGGGAUAGAUUUUGUGCUGUAUCAUAUCGUGGUAUUAUUAUGUCAACGUCAUAUGUACUUGGUGAAUAUGCUGAAAAAAUAAUUGCUGCAUUAGCAAUAUUUAAUUUACAAAAUCGUUAUCCAGAUAUAUUAGAUGAAAUUAUUAAAAAAUCAUUAAAUCAAGAUACAAUUAUAUCUGAUUCAUUAACAUCAAAAGAUAUUUUUUAUCGUGAAGUUAGUACAAUACAUAAUAUAUUACCGUAUCUUGUUAAUACAGUCAAUGAUAUGACACAAACUGAAAUGCCAACACCACAAAUAUCACAGUAUAUAUUACGUGUUAAUACAAUUAUACUUGGUAUAUUGCAUGAAGUUAUUAAAUAUCGUCAAAAUAAUGCUGAUAGAUAUGUACCAUCUAAAACAUUAAAUGCCAUUACUGAAUAUUUACCAUGGACAGCAGCAUCUGGUAAACAAGAUCUUAAAACUUCAUUAUAUACAAUGCAAAAAUUAACAUUAAAAUAUGGUGUUAAUGGUACAAAUGAUGCAACAAUUAAACGUGAACUUUAUGAUCAAAUUGUUGGUUUAAUUGAUCUUAUUCUUGAUGGUAGAAAAUGUCAUCUUGAAAGUAUACGUGGUACAGAUAAAUUUGAUAUAUUAUUAAAAAAAUAUGAAACAGAAAGAACAAAUUUAAUUCAGCCAUUAAUUAAACAUCAACAUUAUGAAAAUGCAGCAAUGUUAGCUGAAAAAUAUUGUGAUUUUGCAACACUUGUACAAAUAUGUGAAUUAACUGAUAAUAAAAAAUUAUUAGAUAGUUAUACAGAAAAAUUUUCAAAUCAAGAUUUUGUUGGUUUUUUAUUUUCAUGGUAUGUUAAAGGUGGUAAACAGGGACAACUUGUUGAGAGAUGUAGAAGAGGUGGUGCUACUGAAUUAACUGAAAAAUUAGCUGAACAUCCAGAGUUAUCAUGGCUACAAGCAUCAUUAACAAAUGAAUAUCGUUUAGCAGCAAAUACAUUACAUUCAUUGGCAACACAAGAAGUUGAACUUGUUAAAAGAAAAAAAACAAUGUUAUCAAUGAGUAAAUUAGCAUUAUUAUGUUUGACAGAUAUUGAUAAUGAAUUUGAAGAAACAUUAGCUGCAAUUGAUAGUGAUUUAGAAUUAAUUGGACAUCAAGAAAGUUUACCAGAUUCAGUACUUGAAGCAUAUGGUUAUGAUACUAAAAAAUUACGAGUAUUAAAUCCAAUUGAAUUAAUAACACUUUAUACAUGUGAAGAAAAUACACUUGCAAAUGAAUUUGAUUUUAAAAAAUCACUUGAUUUACUUGAAUAUAUUACAAUAAAUGAUGAAAAAGAAUCAUUGAGACUGAGAAUAUGGGCAAGAGCAGCAAAAAAAAAUAAAUGGGAUAUUGUUGUUAAAAAUCCAGAUAAAGAAAUAUCACAAACUCUUAUAUUUAAAUUAAUAAGUCUUUAUCAUAUGAUGGGAGUUGAUUUUGAUUAUUUUUUGCCUCCAAUUGAUGAAUUAAUGAAUGAACCAGAACUUGGUGAACUUAAAGCAUCAAGUAACUUUCAGUAUCUUAUUAAAUUAGUUUACGAACAUACCUCACAAUUGUAUCAAUUAUAAAUAAUUUUUAAAAUAAUCAUUGCCAAUUUUUUCUAAGCUUAUAAAUAUUUUUUUUUUUUUCUUCUUUUUAUUUUGUAAAAGUUUUAAAUAAAAAUUUUUUUAUUUCUUUAAUGAAAUAAUACGUGUUGAUCUAUGUUGAGUUAUUUUAUUAUGAAAAAAAUUAAAAUUACAAACAUGAAAAAUUUCGGUGAAAUAUUUGACAUACCAGAACACAAAUAAUUUUCAAGUCUCAUCAAGUAACGAAUAUGUUCU